AUGUCCCACUCAGACUCCAAAUCAGAUCUAGGCCCCCAUUCGCCAACAGUGGCCGCUAUCCAGUCCGCGGAGCCUCCCCGCACUUUCUCUGACCCGGAGACCAACUCUGUCAAGAUCGUGGGUAAGGGGGUGGAGGUUGUGGAGAAGGACUCGAUGGAUAAGCGCGAUGACUCCAUCGACGGCGGCUCUAUCAAACCCACCUAUGAUCAUACUCACCGUAAGCUGAAACCACGCCAUGUUCAACUGAUCGGCAUCGGCGGUACGAUUGGCACUGCAUUGUAUGUGCAGAUCGGCUCUGGCCUGCGCACAAGUGGGCCUGGGAGCUUGUUUCUUGGAUUCUCUAUUUGGAGUGCCGUUAUCCUGAUUAUCACAGUUUGUCUCGCAGAGAUGGUCACCUACCUCCCCAUCUCCUCACCAUUCAUCCGAUUCGCCGGCCGCUACGUCGAUGAAGCCCUCGGCGUCGCAGCAGGAUACAACUUCUUCAUUUUCGAAGCCGCCCUCGUCCCCUUCGAGAUCGUCGCCGUCAGUCUAAUCGUCAAUUACUGGACGAGCGUGAUCCCCGUCGCAGCUAUGAAUGUGAUCGUCCUGGUACUAUACACAGCCCUAAAUGUAUUCGCCGUGAAAUGGUACGGCGAAGCUGAAUUCUGGCUAUCCCUCGGCAAAGUCCUCCUAAGCAUCGGCCUAAUAUUCUACACGGUCGUGGUAAUGCUAGGCGGAAACCCACUCGGCGACCGCUUCGGCUUCCGAUACUGGAACGAGCCCGGCGCCUUCAACGAGUUCUACAAGACCGGCGACACGGGCAAAUUCCUCGGCUUCCUCAGCGCACUAAUAACAGCGAGUUUCACCAUUGCCGGACCAGACUACGUCUCCAUGGCCGCGGGCGAAACGAUGAACCCCCGCGUCGUUCUUCCAAAGGCUUUCAACGGCGUCUUCUACAGACUAACGGCCUUCUUUGUCCUCGGAGUUCUGUGCGUUGGGAUUCUCGUGCCCUACAAUGACCCCACCAUGGCCGAUGCGUUCGAUAAGGGUAAACCUGGAGCGGCGGCUUCGCCAUAUGUGAUUUCGAUGGAUCGGUUGGGAAUACCUAUCCUGCCGCAUAUUGUCAAUGCGGUUGUUUUGACGGCUUCAUUUAGUGCAGGGAAUAGUUAUGUUUACUGCGCUAGUCGAAGUCUUUAUGGGCUGGCGUUGGAGAAGAAGGCACCCGCUUUCCUGACGAAGUGUACAUCGAAGGGUGUGCCGGUUUACUGUGUGGGUGUUGUGCUUUUGAUUGCGCUGUUGAGUUUCCUCCAGGUUUCGAAUGGUGCUUCGGUUGUUUUGAAUUGGUUUGUUAAUCUGGUGACUGCCUCCCAACUCAUCAAUUUCUCCGUCAUCACAUUCACAUACAUCCGCUUCAAAAAGGCCGUCGAAGCCCAAGGAAUUUCCCGCGAAACACUGCCCUAUCGUAGCAUGUUCCAGCCAUAUAUUUCCUAUAUCGCAUGCAUCGCUACGACGAUUAUGGCUUUUGUCGGUGGCUACACGGUCUUCCUGCCGGGGCAUUGGUCCAUUCCGACAUUCCUGUUUUCUUACACUAUGAUUGGUGUUUUCCCUGUGCUUUACUUUGGGUGGAAAUUCUUUCAUAAGACGAAAUUCCUUAAGCCGGAGGAAGUUGAUCUUGUUACUGGUCUCGCUGAGAUUGAGGAGUAUACCAGGGAUUAUGUCACUGAACCGCCCAGGAGUACUCUUCAUAAGUAUAUCGGCAAACUGUUCGAUUAG